CUUUCCCACACGAAGAAAGUGAAACUCGCUCGAAAAAUUUGUUGACAGUACACUUAAACCGUUUAUUAGAAGUCGUCUCUAGUUGUACAGCGACUCAAAGUUACCUGCAAUCAAGAUCCUCUACAAAGAUCCAGAUACCGCUCAGAACGAUAAAAGAAGCGCGUACAUUCACUAGAGAAAGCAGUUUUUGUGUAGUAAAGAAGAAAAUUGCAUGCUGUUUCUGAUAUUUUGAUUUUGAUUUCGAACGAACUUCUUUUGCAAAAAUUCCAAAAGUAAAAAUUUCGCGCACAAAAUAGAGCAGGCCACUUAGUUCGAAAAACUAGGAGAGUAUAGUACUUUUUUCUGUGACUAGAUUUGCAACAUCGUUGGCUAGUUACAGACAGAGUAGAUCAUCUCUUUUGCGCUGCGGACGCAGGUAGUGACUCAGUUUUGUAGUAUACGGAAUUCAGUUUCUGUUUGAAAAAAAACAAAUCACUUCGCGAUCGGUGGCGGUUUUCUCGACGAAUCGCGGUUGCGGACCUUCAGACCAGCUGGGUACUAGUGGUCGAGCGGUCGACUGCGACGUUGUAGCGAAGACAAAGUUUUUGUCUUCACCCGAACAUCAAAUAAACCUCCUUCAAAAUGGCACUCCGACGAAUCAACAAGGAGCUCCAGGAUCUCGGUAUUGAUGGAUUGUCUCCUGCUUCACGGCUAGUGUACGGUUAGCGUUAGGCAUGCAAAAGUUGAAUCAAAUCGAAUACGAAUUCGUACGGGACGACGUAUUAGAUUCCUCGACGAGAAAGUUUCACGGAAAAUUGAAAACAGGUAAAGAUCCGCCAGCAAGCUGCAGCGCCGGCCCAACAGGAGAUGACAUGUUCAACUGGCAAGCCACAAUAAUGGUACUUAUCUAUCUAAUGAAUUUUGUCCAAGACGAAGUCGCUGUCGCACCCUUUUUUUAGUGUUCGUUUUCUGCUUCGUCCUACGCGAGAAGAUGCGAUUUCUAUACAGCUAAUUUUGAACAAACGCAGGGUCCACCGGAUUCGCCAUACGCAGGAGGAGUAUUUUUCCUGAACAUUUCCUUCCCAACGGACUAUCCUUUCAAGCCGCCAAAAGUCAACUUCGCAACGAAAAUCUAUCACUGCAACGUCCACAGCAAUGGUACAGAUUGUUUCUUAUGCUGCGUGGGCUUUUUUUUGCAUACCUAGACGUCGCGCCCUUUUUUUUUUACUGGAUGUACGUAGAGAUCAUGUCCGGCUGAAGAUGAACGAGGCACUGACUUCCAUUCCACACCGCGCCUUAUCCACAACAGGUUCGAUUUGUCUGGAUAUCCUGAAGGAUCAGUGGUCGCCAGCGUUGACGAUCUCCAAGGUUUUGCUCUCUAUUAGUUCACUCUUAACGGACCCGAAUCCAAACGAUCCAUUCGUCCCGGAGAUCGCACAGCUCUACUUGAAGGAUCGCCAGAAGCACGACAGCCACGCCCGGGAGUGGACCCAGAAGUACGCAUCCGGCUAGUCGUGUGUGAACUACUAGGACGUUGGGAAAUAAAGAGCCACCAGUGCUUUAUUUCUUUAUCGCACAACACCAACUUUUAUCAAUGCAAAUGUAACUCGUUUUAAGUCUAACACUAACAAACUCUAAAGCGACCUGUUCUACUCCCAGGAAUGGAAUGGUAGAAUGUGAAGAAGAACUCUCGAACUUCUAUACGGGUGAUGGUGCUCGACGGGUGUAAGAUUUCUUCACUUUCUUUUGAAGGGAUUUUUGCACGUGUUAAAGCAUUAUCAUGCUCUAGUCUCAGAAAAACACUAACACUCAGCAACUCUGUAUGUCAGACCCAAAUUUAUGAACAGGCAGAGAUCCUUUUCGAUGAACGUGUCAUCGGUCUGUCACGAUGAACUCCUAGAACUUGAGCUUCCCCGCCCUGAAAAAAAUGAGAAAAUCUCAAUGGAGCUACCUAAAUUGAGUCCUCAUCAAUCAAUCCGAGGCAGGACAGUCUGUAGGCACGAGGACCUUUUGCUCUCCGGCGGCGAUUGCUAGCUUUCUAUCUGUUGUCUGCUUUACCUUUAUGAACAUGGGGAAGUUUAAAGAAAUUUCAUUUUUUUCGGUUUACCGUAUAGUGCUUGCGCUUGGAGAGCCGUUGCUUUUUCGUUUCGCUUGUUGGCUGACUUUUCGUUUUUCUUGAUGACUAUUGCCCAGGCUUUCGCUAAACUUGGUAUGGUCUGACACAGGAAAAGUUUCGGUAGCCCGAGUUUACUCUAGGAACCUACUACUCGUUUUACGUUGUGUUUCAAGCGUGAAACGGAGCGAAAAAAAGCGCUCCAAUGUCGAAAAGUGGCUUUUCCCUAUAUGGUCUACGACUCUAUUAACUCUAUGAGCCUCGUCUACUCUACCUCGACAGAUAGGGAGAAGCUAAGAUGAUGUGCCACAAAGUGUUUCUGCCGUAGUCUCUCCGGCUUUCAAUAUUUUGGUCCCAGACACGCAAUGCGAUCCGUUCGCAGUGGAAUCCUGCAGACCGGAAAAAAGGUGAUGCUGAAGCAAGAAACCAUUCUCGACCAUUACCCUGAGGUCAAGGAACAGAAGUUUUUCAAAAGUUCUCUCUCUCGACCGCACCAGCUGUCAGGAGCUACAGACGAUUUUGACGUUUUGUGAUUCACGAGUGGUUAACGAUAACGACACAGUCAGGAACGAACGGGCUUCUUGUGAUGCGAGAAUGGUAUUAAUUUCGAAUCUUGUUUUUACUACGCAUGAAGAUUCUCUAUAUGAUCGCUGUCGCAAACAGAGAUUCGCACGAGUACGAACAUGAAAUGCAAAGUAUUAUACACAUUGUUUCAGGUUGCAGAGCAGGAAGGCACGACGAGACGUAACAACUCCCAAAAAGCUGCUACCACGACGAUACGAUGGAACGGAUCGCAUUGCGUUACAGAUUGUGCGUUGCAAAUCAGUGUUGAGAGGACCCUGCCUAGCUUACUGACCUCGCACAAAACCCCUUGGAAUUCAAGUUUGUGUCUGACAACAGUUGCUGCGUUGAGUAUGGGAAUACAGAAACAGACCAGGAGGACGACUGACGGCGCCGCGUCGCUUGUUAUGUUAAGGGCGAAAGCGUGUUCCUGCUAGAAAAGG